AUGAAGAAGUGCAAUGCGCUGCAGAAUGCUCAGACAGAGGGCAAGGAGAAUGUGCCCAAGAGGCCUGCCCGCAAGGCUGCCCAGGAGGGCAAGGCCAAGGCAGCCAAGGCCGCCGCCGCCCCCAAGAAGGAAAAGGCACCUGCCAAGAAGAAGGAAGCUGAACCAGAGGAAGAAAGCGAGGCUGAGGAGGAGGAUGAGGCAGUGGAGAUCAAGGAAGGGGAGUUUUAUGUGCGUCAGGUGAUGGCAGCGCGCAAGCUGAGCACAUCUAAGCCGGAGUUCCUGAUCAGCUGGUAUGGCUACAGCGCCGAGCACGACAGCUGGGAGCCCCUGGAGUGCCUCAACGACUGCCCCCUCACAUACCAAUGGGCCAGCGCGGCAGCCAAGACAGCCGCGCAAAAGUACGCCAGCAAGUGCGUCAGACCCGAGUGA